GAGUGCCUGCAGCAGUUCCAAGUGACAAGGGCACAGCUGCAGCAGAUCCAAGCUGGUCUCCUGGACUCCAUGGAGCAGGCACUGAGGGGCCAGGCCAACCCUGCCCCUACUGUCCGGAUGCUGCCCACUUACGUGGGAUCCAUCCCGCAUGGCACUGAGCAAGGCGACUUCCUGGUGCUGGAGCUGGGAGCCACAGGGGCCUCGCUGCGUGUCUUGUGGGUGACUCUCACGGGCAUGGAUGGGCACAGGGUGGAGCCCAGGAGCCAGGAGUUUGUGAUUCCGCAAGAGGUGAUGUUGGGCACCGGCCAGCAGCUCUUCGACUUUGCUGCCUGCUGCCUGUUGGAGUUCCUGGAUGCGCACCCCGUGGGCGAUCAAGGCCUACAGCUCGGGUUCAGCUUUUCCUUUCCUUGUCACCAGACGGGCCUGGCCAGGAGCACCCUCAUUUCCUGGACCAAAGGUUUCAGGUGCAGUGGCGUGGAAGGCCAGGAUGUGGUCCAGCUGCUGAGAGAUGCCAUUCAGAGGCGGGGGGCCUCCAACAUCAAUGUGAUCGCUGUGGUGAAUGACACCGUGGGCACCAUGAUGGCCUGUGAGCCGGGGGCGCCCUGUGAGGUCGGGCUUGUUGUAGACACGGGCACCAAUGCGUGUUACAUGGAGGAGGCCCGGCACGUGGCAGCGCUGGAUGAGGACCGGGGCCGCAUCUGCGUCAGUGUUGAGUGGGGCUCCUUCGGUGAUGAUGGCGCCCUGGGGCCGCUGCUGACCGCAUUCGACCACACCCUGGAUCUUGAGUCCCUGAAUCCCCAUGCCCAGAGGUUUGAGAAGAUGGUUGGGGGCCUGUACCUGGGUGAACUGGUGCGGUUGGCGCUCUCCCACUUGGCCCAGAGUGGGGUCCUCUUUGGCGGCAGCUCCUCCCCUACCCUGCAGAGCCAAGGCAGCAUCCGCCCCAAGCACGUGGCUGCGAUGGAGGACCCCUCCGUAGGGGCAGCCCGUGUCCUCACGAUCCUCCAGGACUUGGGUCUAAGCCCGGAGCCCUCAGACGUGGAGCUGGUGCGGAGCGUGUGUGCAGCCGUGAGCACGCGGGCCGCCCGGCUGUGCGCCGCUGCCCUGGCUGCGGUCCUGACCCGCCUCCAGCGCAGCCGGGAGCAGCAGAUGCUACAGGUCACUGUGGCCACCGGAGGCCGGGUGUUUGAGUGGCACCGCAGGUUCCGCAGCAUCCUGCAGGAGACAGUGGCGCUCCUGGUCCCCGAAUGUGAUGUCUCCUUCAUCCCCUCUGUGGAUGGGGGGGGCCGGGGCGUGGCAGUGGUGACUGCCGUGGCUGCCCGCCUGGCUGCCCACCGGCGCCUGUUGGAGGAGACUCUGACACCAUUCCGGUUGAACUGCGAGCAGCUGGCAGGAGUUCAGGCACAGAUGCGGGAGGCCAUGGCCAAGGGACUCCGGGGCGAGGCCUCCUCCCUCCGCAUGCUGCCCACUUAUGUCCGGGCCACACCGGAUGGCAGUGAACGAGGGGACUUCCUGGCCCUGGACCUAGGGGGCACCAACUUCCGGGUGCUUCUGGUGCGCGUGACUGAAGGAGGGGUGCAGAUCACCAACCAGGUGUACUCUGUUCCAGAGCACGUGGCCCAGGGCUCUGGGCAGCAGCUCUUUGACCACAUCGUGGACUGCAUAGUGGACUUCCAGAGGGCUCAGGGUCUGAGCGGACAGAGCCUCCCCCUGGGUUUCACCUUCUCCUUCCCAUGCAAGCAGCUUGGCCUGGAUCAGGGCAUCCUCUUGAACUGGACCAAGGGUUUCAACGCCUCGGGCUGCAAGGGCCAGGAUGUUGUGUUUCUGUUGCGGGAAGCCAUCCGGCGUAGACAGGCAAUGGAGCUGAAUGUGGUUGCCAUUGUCAAUGACACCGUGGGAACCAUGAUGUCCUGUGGCUACGAGGACCCCCGCUGCGAGAUGGGCCUCAUUGUUGGAACCGGCACCAAUGCCUGCUACAUGGAAGAGCUCCGGAAUGUGGCCGGCGUGGCCGGGGACUCGGGCCAAAUGUGCAUCAACAUGGAGUGGGGCGCCUUUGGAGAUGACGGCUCCCUGGGAAGCCUCAGCACGUGCUUUGAUGACAGUGUGGACCAGGCAUCCAUCAACCCUGGCAAGCAGAGGUUCGAGAAGAUGAUCAGUGGCAUGUAUCUAGGGGAGAUCGUGCGCCACGUUCUCUUGCAUCUAACCAGCCUUGGCGUUCUCUUCCGGGGCCAGCAGACCCAGCGCCUUCAGACCAGGGACAUCUUCAAGACCAAGUUUCUCUCUGAGAUUGAAAGUGACAGCCUGGCCCUGCGGCAGGUACGAGCCAUCCUAGAGGACUUGGGGCUGCCCGUGACCUCAGAUGAUGCCCUCAUGGUCCUGGAGGUGUGCCAGGCUGUUUCCCGGCGGGCUGCACAGCUCUGUGGGGCAGGUGUGGCUGCCGUGGUGGAGAAGAUCCGGGAGAACCGGGGCUUGGAGGAGCUCACCAUGUCUGUGGGGGUGGAUGGGACCCUCUACAAGCUGCAUCCCCACUUUUCCAGCUUGGUGGCAGCCACAGUACGGCAGCUGGCCCCUCGGUGCACCGUCACCUUCUUGGAAUCAGAGGAUGGAUCUGGCAAAGGUGCAGCCCUGGUCACCGCCGUUGCCUGCCGCCUUGCCCAGACAACCCGGGUCUGAAGGUGUCUCUAGGAACCACAGAGUCACAGCUCCAACCCCGCUGGACCGGGCCUGUCCCUCAGCCAGGCCAAAGCACCCAGGAC